UAAAUAAAUGAAUUAUCUCUUUGACGUCCGCUGCGUUGACCAUUCAAAAAACCAAAACGACGGCAAGGAAGAAAAACACAGAGAGAGAAGAGAAACCAUGUGUUUUGUAUUGAAGCUUUGCCAGUGGUUUUGUGUUUCGUGUACAGCUCAAGCAUCGUCAUCCGCGAUGACAAAACCCAACUUGUUUCUGCUACAAAAAAAAACAGAGCAAGAAAAACAGGGGUUACCAAGAAGGGAGCAAGUUUCAGUUUGUUUUGUGUGGUCUUUCAUAAUGGUGCUUUUGGUUGAGAAGUUCAACAAAUUCUGUUCCAAGCUGGAGAAUUUCCCUCACCACCACAAAUAUCAUGAAGAUGCUGCGUCGUUGUCGGCUUCUCUCGCUGCUUUUCGAUCGAAAGUUUCGAACUUUUUGAUCGAGAUGUUGUUGAAGACCAAACCCAGAUCGGGAGACUUAUCUUUCUCGUGGAUCAAACGGUGUUUGGAGCUUGUGAUUGUGACAGACAGAGCAUUCGCGAAGCUGGUGAUGGAGAUAGAGCAUCCGAUGAGCGAAUGGGGGGCGAAUUCAGCCGAGGAGUAUCUGAAUUACACAUUGAACAUGCUCGAUCUUCUGAAUCUGAUGAAUUCGUCGAUUUCUCAUCUGGGUCAAGCAAAGCUCCAACUCUCUCACGCUCUCUACUCGUCCAAGAACUCGUUGGAAUCUCUUAAACCGAUUCAAGUGAAGAUCCCAGAUGUGAAUUUCAGAAACAGUGGGACCAGACCCGGAUCGGAUUCGAGAAGAAUCGUGUCUGGGAAAGAGAUUGUGAUCCAUGAGGCCCUGGUUGAGCUGAGGAACAUCGGAUGCUGGGUUGCUGGAGUCGUUUUGUCUGCGCUGGUAAUGAACUCGAAACCUUACACGGAAAUCAAGAAUCUGGCAUCUGGGUUCUUGGGAUCUUUGCUGAGAAAUCUGAAUCUUGAUGUCUUCGAGGAGAGAUUCGCGAUUGAGGAGGUGAGAGAUUUGAACGCGGAGAUCACGGACAGGAACAGGAUGCUGUCGGGGGAUGAAGUUGCAGAGAGAUUGAAAAGGAAAGUGAAGGAGAUGGAGAGAGGGACCGAAGAAAUAGGGCAAGUUGUGGAUGAAAUCUUUUCGAGGAUACUCGCCGGAAGAAAUCAGUUGCUGGGUACAAUAAGAAUGGCCUGAAAUCCCAGGCAGUGUACAUAAUCACACCCAAAAAACAUGAAAAAUUAGGGUUUCUUGUUUAUAUUUCUUAUAUAUAUAUAUAUAUGUAUCGGUGUACAGAAGAGUGUAAUUUUGUAUAUCACAGUGUUCGUGAAUCUUUCAUUAUGACAGCGGUAACUUUCAGA